AUGUCAGCUGUGACAUGGUGCUCCUCGUGGUCCAUCUCGACGAAUGUCAAUGUCCACGUACAGCUCCUGAACGAGAGCGUGGCGACUCUCUCGUCGCUGCCAUUGCAUUUAACUCGACCAGAAGGCGAUGCCUCUGUCCCGUGCCAAUUGUCGCUCCUCUGGGCGCAACAGCCUCUGCGCUGCACUCAGCUCCAGCUUGAGGUGCAAUGCUCUGCUCGUCAUGUGGAAGUCUACGCAGAAGGCACGAGGCACAACCUGCUGGGUGAGAUGGAGAAGGGAGAAGUGUAUUUGGGCACGUUCCGAGGCACGAAAAAGAGCUCCGAACCGCAGCUAUUUGCCAUGUCACCAAGCUUUAUGAGCAAUAAAGACUGCGACGUGCUCAAAAGUUUGCAAACUUUGCGAAUCAAAUUUGUGUCGUUAAUGGGGGAUAAAAGUGUACUGAAUUUGCAAGAAUUUCGAUGCAUCUUCAAUCCUAUGGAACCAGUGGAUACAAGUACGGCGGGACUGACAGGUAAGAUAGCUGGACUAGAUCUCAAGGGAGUAUCAGGUGGUGCUCUGGACAUGCAGAUGCUCCUGAAAGGUUUUCAGCAAACAAUGGAGAGAGAAAUGGAAACGAAGAUUACACGAGUCAUGGACGCAAAGAUUUCAGCGCUGGUUCAACGGUUGGCAUUGUCGGAGCAGGCACUUUUGCAUUUGCACAAGAAGAUGGAUACGAAAGAUGCCCACGUUCAGGGUAGUCUGGACGAGAUGAAACAGAAGUUUUGGCAAUUGGAAGAUCAGCUGAGUCAAUUCAGCGUCGCAAAAGAAGUAGAGCGGGAGAAAAAGGACGAUCCUGAUUAUGCGAGAACAAUCGCGGCGAAGCGGCGAAUAGUCAGCGAUCAAGGAGUUCCACCAUCUCAUGGAAAGCAGGCAACAAUAGCGUUAGGUGUAAGAGAACUUCAAAUACUUGUCAAACGACUAGAGUGA